AAAAUAGUAAAUGUGCUAUUAGUAAAAUUCGUAAAUACAUCUCACACCAACUAAGGUAAAUGGAAUUAAGUUAGAGACUCUUAUAGAAAUAAAAUAAACGCAUAAUAAUGUAUAGAAAUUUUCUUUAGUACAAAAGUGCCUUUGGGAAUACUAUCCACAAAAACUUGGGACCGGCAGAUUUGGUGUUAAUAACGUGUUACAGGAUUUUUGCCCGAUACACUGGCUCAAGCGGUUAGCUAAAUACUUGCCGCUGGAUGUCAGAGUAACGCUGGUGAAGAGUCUAGUUUGCCUCACCUCAAUUAAUUACUUUCAGAAGACUGACGACAAAAAGUUAACUCUUUUGGCUGGUUCCCUUCUCAAAGAAAACUGAAAAUGAAUGAAGGGAGACAUCAGUUUCUGAGGGUGGAAAAGCCUGCCUACACACUUCACUCAAACGCACUGGAGAGGAUUAUAGCUCGAGCCUUGGGCCAAAAUAUGCGGAACGAGACUGCCGUCAAACCACUAUUACCACUAGUUAAUUCAGAGGCUCACAUUUGUUGUUCCGAUGUCAAUGUUACUACAGCAAGUGUAGCCUUUGGCCGAUGGGCUAUACCAAAAUUGAAAACAGAACUACUGAGCUCUGACCCUUUGAUAUCGAAAAACGCCAUCAACUCUUUACUUGACAUGGUCCAUGACCCAGAAAAAGCCGUGGAAGCUAUAAGACUGCAAGUUAUACCUAGGUUAGUGAGGCUGAUGGUAUGUGAGGAUGCGUAUGUGAGGCAGCGUGUGCUGAUGUUAUUAGAAGUGCUGGCGAUGCAGCCACACGGGAAAAUGGCAAUCGUCACCCACAAGACUAUCAUGAGUAACUUAUCUGACCUGUUAUCUGACACAGAUGUGAAUGUACGAAUCAGUGCUGCUAAAACAUCUCUAGCACUGGCAUCUUGGUACUUCGGUGUUGACGAAAUGAUCAAAAAGCAAUUCAUAAUUACCACUAUUAAUCGGCUGAAUAUUGAAAAAGAUGAUCGCAUCGUAAGAAUCCUGCUGGAGACAUUGGAGUUGAUGUUGGAUCAGGAUAUGGAGGCUAAGAGAGUUGCACUAAAUAAUGGCGGGAUGAAGCUGGCCAUGAUGAUGGAAAACCCAGUAGCAAUAAUUCGAGCGAAGGCAGUGGCUGUGAUUGGUCAGAUGGCCAGACAUCCGGACGGCAAACAAAAGUUACAACAACAUAGGUCGGACAUCCUGGCCAGACUCACCAAGCUGCUCAAGGACCAGAACGUAGAUGUCAAGACACAGGCAGCUGGAGCCUUGAUGUUCGCUCUAUGUACGACAGAGGCCAAGCUACAUUGUCUCACUUUGGCUACACUGUCUCACUUGCUCGACUGCGCCCAAAUGUUCCGUGCCCCUGGGCUGCAGAUGAACUCCAUCAAGGCUCUUACCAGCCUAGCCGAAUCACCAAAGGGGCAGAUCACAUUGCGGCGGAACAUCCACAGAGUCCAGGAUAUCAGGCCCGCUGACGAAAUAGUCAAGAGACACAAGGAUAUAUUGCUCACAGUCAUUAAUAGAGUCAUAUAACACUUCUUUUUAAUAUGUGAAUAUAAUGUGAAUCUGCAAAUGGUGAAGAAAAAUGUUUAAAUUGUAUCAUAGCAUUGAAUUGUUAUCAACAGUGCUAGUAUAAAAUCAUCAUACAUCAUAUCGUUUAUGCUAUCAAAUUACAGUUUUUGUACACAUUCCAAAAUUAAAAAUCUAACUUUACAAUAUUAGAGUAAAUUUUAUGUGAUAAUGACAAAUUAGUCAUAGUAUUUUAGGCUAUUCAAUAGAUACUUUAUCUUCAAAGUUA